AAGGAAGAGGACACAAGGAAAGGGAUGAGGGACAAUAAAGUGCCCUUGUUCCUCUCUCAGAGAAGCUCAUAGGAUUUGGGUCAUUUAGGGGAAAUGGAGGAGGUAAUAGAUAGAAGAAGAGAAGUUGUGGACACUGUACUGUAAGACUUCAUGACUAAGGAUUUCCCUGUGACUGUUGAUCGCUCUUCUCCCUCUCUCUUUCUCUGUGGCAAUUGGUCACGAGUGGCGGCGCUGUCAGCCAGCACAGUCUCUAGUAUAAGAGCCACGCUUCAACAUGAAGGCUAUCCAUUCUGUUAGGACGCCACUUGGGUUUGGACUUACAUGAGGAUUGUGUAUUUGUUGUGAAUAGGACGAGAUAAUCAUUGACCGGCCUUCUUCAUUUGCACUGGCCGUCUACAUCUGCAUAUAAGUUUUUCAGCCCACUCAUAGGCAGGCACCCAGUCAUGUAGAGAGCAGCGCGUGGAGGACACCCAGAUCACUUUCAGCACUUUCUACACAAAGAGAAACCCCACCACUCUUCGGGCUGGACUGCGCGGCGACAGCAGCCCGCCCCCCGCGUCCCCCAGCCAUGUCGUCACGCAUCGGCCUGCGCCUGCAGCUCAUGCGGGACCAAAUGCAGCAGGAGGAGCAGCGGGAGCGGCAGCAACAACAGGCAGCAUCCAUGCAUUACAUGCAGCAUCGCAUGCCAGGCCCAACUGCACCCUCAUCAGCCAUCAGCGCACCAACUCACUUCCAGGCGCCCAUGCAGGUGCCUGUUGAAGUGCUAAAGGUGCAGACCCAUCUUGAGAACCCCACAGACUACCACAUUCGACAGUCUCAACGGCAGCAAGUCAAGGAGUACCUGUCCACCACAUUUGCCACCAAGCAGGCAGUACACGCUGUCACAAGCUUGGUACAGCCCUCUCCACCCACCAUGCCCCAGGGUCAGACAGGAACCGUCCCACCAACCAUGCCCUCUUCUUGCAUGCGCACUGAGCAGCUCAUGAACUCCGCUGGGAACAGCGCACCCAACAGUCCCAUGGCCAUGCUCAACAUCGGCUCCAGCCAUGAGAACGAGAUGGAUGAGGUUAUUGAUGACAUCAUCAGCCUGCAGUCCAGUUAUGAUGACAUCCAGGCUUAUAUUGACCCCGUGGUCCAGAUGCCAAACACACUCCCGCUGUCCAGCAGCCAUUUGGAUGUGUACACGGGGCCAGGUAUGUCCGGAUCAGCUAUCGCCAUGACCAGCAACUCCUGUCCUGCAAAUCUGGCCAUAAAGAGAGAGCUGUCAGAUGCUGAAGUUCGGGCAAUGGCUAAAGAGAGGCAGAAGAAAGACAACCACAACCUGAUUGAAAGGAGGAGAAGGUUUAACAUCAAUGAUCGAAUUAAGGAGCUGGGCACCAUGAUUCCCAAAACCAAUGACCUGGAUGUGCGCUGGAAUAAAGGCACUAUUCUGAGGGCCUCUGUGGAGUAUAUUAAACGCAUGCAGAAAGACAUCCAUAGAACCAGAGAGGUGGAGAACAACUUCAGGAGGAUGGAGAUGGCAAACAAACAGCUGUGGAUUCGUAUUCAGGAGCUUGAAAGGCAGGCCCGAAUGCACGGCCUCCCCAGCACCUCUCCCUCGGGCCUGAACAACACUGAGGUUCUAAGCCCCUUCGUCAAGCAGGAGAGCAGCCCUGAAGAGAACCAUCUCCCGCAUCAGCCCCAUCUCCCUCCUCACUACCCCCAGCAUCAGCAGCAGCCCCUGUCCCACCCUCAACUCCACCAGCACCAGCACCUCCACCCCCAGCCCCCACUGCAGUACCCAGCAGUGGGCAGCUCCCAGCACUUUGACUAUGCCCAGUCGCUGGACUUGUGCAACGGCGGCAUCCCGGGAUAUCAGGAUGGCAUGGGGGAUCUCGGCUCGUUGGGCGGAGGUAUCGCGCCGAUGGGAAAGAAGAGUGAGCUAGGCUUCUUGCUGAUGGAAGAGGCCCUGUCGCCGCUGGGAGGAGACCCGCUGCUGUCCGCCAUGUCCCCCGAUGCUUCUGUUGACAGCAGCCGCCGUAGCAGCUUCAGCAUUGAGGACUCGGACAUACUGUGACCUGGACAGCCUUGGGUGCCACUGCACCACAUUCAUAUGAUCACACACACACACACACACACACACACACACACAGAGAUAUUGCAUUUAGUCUGGCACACUGUUAAUGGGGAAAGGUGCGUUUUUGAUGCGUCCUGCCUUCAUGAAUUUCAAGUUUCAAGCUCUUUUUUUUUUUUAGUCUGACAUUUUUUGCUCCACAAAUGUCAUGCACGUUGAUCCAUUCACUAAACAAAGAUAACUGAUAUGCUUGAAUUCUGUCACCCAGAAUUGUCCUAUUUUGAAACUUUUUUUGUGACAUGUGAAGGCC